GUGUGGCCUAGCAUCAGUUUGUGAAUGGAGGGCGGGGCCAGGAAAGGCUUUCAUGCCACGAGGAUUGGCAGAUUUAUCCAGAGCAGACCAAUGUGAUGCAGCAGCACUGCUUAAUCUCCUCCACUUCUGUGACCAUUUCAGCUUCAUCAACCAGAGGCUCAUCACAGAGGUCAUACGCUGUAGGAAUGAGUUAAUGCACUCGUGUGAGAUGCAGGUCUCAAAUGAGUGGAUGACACAUUUUCAGAAGAGCCUGGAACAGUUGUUACUAACUCUACGCCACGUCCCUGAAGUGGCUGCAGCAGGCCAACAGAUCCAGGAGGAGAAACUGCAGAACAUCUGUAGAUUCCUGAACAGCCACAAGGAUCUUGAAGAGCAGUUCAGGACAGAACUUCAGAGCCUUCAGAGCCUAAAGGCACAACAGCUGCAAGGAGUGAACAACAAUGGGGAAAGAUGACUGUGCUAUGGAGACGACAGAAGGAGGACAGACAUUGUUGCAGGGGUUAAUACAUAUAAAUGGAUAACUCCAUUUUGGUUUGAAUUGUAUAUAGCAGGAAUAUUAGCAGUCAGAUCGUUCAUUCAGGUUUUUCACAAGCAGGUCGUUCCAUGUAACUUGGAAUGGUACACUUUAACACACGCUGUACUAUUCAUAGAUUUCAGUAGUAUGCCGUUGCAGUCAAGUUACAGUCAGUAAAUUGUUGUAAAGUGCUCCUUCGAUCCAGGACAUUUGUUAGAAAGGAAGGAGAAUGUU